AUGUUAGGUAAUAAUUGGCGAAGUGGAAUUUAAACAGCCUUAACUUUUGAUGAUGUUCUCAUGAUUCCAUAAUAUUCUACUAUUGAAAGUAGAAAUGAUUGCAUCGUUGAAACAUACUGCAGUUAAAAUAUCAAACUCAAAACACCUUUUAUAAGUAGUCCUAUGGAUACAGUUACAGAAACUGAAAUGGCAAUUCAUAUGGCAGCUAAUGGAGGAUUAGGUGUCAUACAUAGAUUCAUGACAACAAAUGAAUAAGUUGAAUAAAUUAAGAAAGUUAAAAGAUCUGAAGCUUAUAUUAAAAAUAGACCUUUUGUUGUUGGCUUAAAUUUCACACUUUAAAGAGUCUUAAUUUUAGCAGAAGAAUGGAAAUGUAAGACAUUUUUAGUCACUGAUGAUAAUUUAAUUGAAAACAAUGAAGACUAUGAAGAAACUGAUGAAACUGGAUCUCCUCGCUAUAAAAGUAUUCCUUUAUUGGGUAUUAUAACAAAUAGAGAUUGUUAUGAAUAACCUUUAAACAAAUUAGUGAAAGAAUUGAUGACACCUAGAGAUAAAUUAGUGACCCUUCAUUAUUUAGAUGUUAGUAAAGAGAAUGCAAGAUAAAAGAUGUUAUCUCAUAAAUUAGAGAAAUUACCUGUCGUUGAUGAUAAAAAUAAUAUAAAAGGAUUGAUAAAUUUAAAAGAUUUAAAAGUUGAUUCAGAGUUAAAAGUUCUUGAUUAAAUGGGUAGAUUAAUAGUAGGUGGAGCAGUAGGUGCAUCAGAUGAUGAAAUAACAAGAGCUAAGAAAUUAGUAAAUAGUGGUUGUGAUGUAAUUGUAUUGGAUGUUGCUAAUGGACAUUGUUAAUUAGCAUUAAGAACAGUAGAAUAAUUGAAAAAAGAAUUAUCAGUAGAUGUUAUAGCAGGUUCUAUAGCAACAGGAGAUGGUGCUAAAAGAAUGAUUUAAGCAGGAGCAGAUGGUAUUCGAUGUGGAAUUGGAAAUGGAUCUAUUUGUAUAACAAGAGUAGUAUCUGGAUGUGGUGUUCCAUAAUUUAGUGCAUUAAUGGAUGUAGCUCCUGUUUGUAAAGAAUAUAAAAUUCCAUUAAUGUCUGAUGGAGGUAAUAAAAAUAGUGGAAAUAUGUGUAAAGCUUUAGCUGUUGGAGCAGAUUGCAUUAUGCUUGGUAGAUUAUUAGCUGGUUGUUAAGAAUCUCCAUCUAAAGAAAUUUAUAGAGAAGGAAAGAUCUUAAAGGUUUAUAGAGGAAUGGCUGGUUUUGGUGCUAAUGUUUCUAAAGCUUAAAGAACUGGUAAAGAUGAACCAUCAAGUACAGGAUUCUCACCUGAAGGAGUUGAAGGAUAUAUACCAUUUGCAGGAGUAAUCUAUUUCAUUUAAUAUUUUAGAGAGUAUCCAUUGUUUUAUAAUAAUUUAAAAGAGGAAUUCAAUCUGGUAUGAGUUAUUGUGGAGCUUCUAAUAUUGCAGAAUUGUAGAAGAACGUUUAAUUUAUAUAAAUGACCAAUGCAGGUUUUGUUGAAAGUGGUGUGCAUGGAAUUACCAAAAUAUGA